ACAAGUGAAAAUGCCUAAAUGUCAAAAUAUGAAACGAACAAAAAAGAAGAAACAAAAAAUUCUAAAAGUAUGAAGUAUGGUUAAUAUUUACAUUUCAAAUUAUUUAUUACUUGCAAUAUUAUUUUUUGUAUCUUUUAUUUAUUCCAAAAGUUGAGCAAUAUGGGCUUAGGUAUUUUAUUGUUUGCUACCGCCUUAAGCUUUAUUAGCGUUCAUUCAAGCAUUAUCGGAAAACAGAUACUGAAAUGGAUCAACAAACCUACAUCGAAAGAAAAAGAAUUAACAUCUAAAAUAAAUGAGUUGAAGAAAAGUCAAGAGAGUGUUAGCAUUACUGAAAAUUUCUCCAAAUACUCAAAAAUUCAGAGGCAGAUUAACAAGGUUGAAGAAGAACUUUCCAAUUCUCGAAAUGAAAGAAACAAUAUAACGAUUCAGUUAGGUUUUGCUUAUGGUCCGAAGGUUGUGCUUGGAUUUUUGUUAGUUACAUUAUCUAUUUACUAUAGAGGUACACCCAUUAUCACCCUAGAUAAUAGUAUUGAUUUAACACCAUUUAGUUUCUUAAUAUCGUAUCCACAUGGUGCAAAUGCUGUGUCUUUUCAUUUUUGGAUCUUGUGUAGUUCAGCAACAGCUAGAUUAAUAAAAUUAAAGAAUUGAUGUUUUA